UCAACGUAGUCGCGUCAAUCGUCGCGUCCCGUGCGCCACCACGAACGCGGUGACCAUGACUAGAAGCACUCGAUCCUCGGACAAGCAGCAGGUGGAUUUGAAAAAGCGGAAGCGCAUAUCUGAUGGGGCGGACGAGCCAGCAAAUAAACACCAGCGAACCGAUAUUCCUGCGUAUGCCGCGAAACAACCCAUCAGCUCAGAGGAGGCGGGCAAAAUAUUGGAUGUUCUCCAGCACAUCGACUCGCAAGGGCUCCUUGAUCGUGUCUAUCCUCUCGAUUCCACCAGUCCAUCUUCCACGAGCUCCAACACCUACUCCCUUCGGACACUCCUGUCGAACUCCCAGGACUACAGCCUCGCCACAUUGAAGACUGCCGUCCAAAAUCUUCUUCCCAUAUCCAUACAACCUCGAGUCCCCCCGCCGCCCACCGCCGCUCAGCAGCAACGGUUUUGCGACCUCGCAUUCUCUCUUCUCGACCAAGCAUCGUUUAGACCUGUCUCCCUCGAGGAGCAAUCCCUUCUCCCCGAGGAACAGCCUGGAGAGUCGAGUGCCAAACCCGUCGGGACGACCAGUAAACAAUAUGCAUUGUUACAGCAUCUGCCUGGCGGCGACUACUGGUCCUCGCUGGCGAAUGACGGUGUGGACCCACGGGACCUGGCAACAGGACAUGCGGAGCUUGUAGCGCUUUUUCCCGCCCCAGUGGACACCACCACUCCUGUCGCCAAACUUGGCGCCUAUGUCAAUAUCCGCAACAACGUCCCCUCCCGCGUGCGAAAGCCGGGCAUCAAAGUCGCCACGAGCGGGGCAUUCCUUGACUACGGGCCUUACGGCAGUUUCGCUCCUGUGUGGGUGCAGGAGGGGCGGGAGAUUGGGAUGAGGCAGACCGCCGAGGUGUAUGCGCAGCGCGCGCAACGAUACCGUGAGAAGCUGCUUGCUCGGCAGCGGAUAGCUGGAACUACGCAGCCGAAUCUUGUUGAAACGACGGAGAAAGAAGGGGUGGGGAAUAGGACGACGCCAGAAGAAGAAGCCGAUGAUGAUGACAUGCCCACCGUGGAGGAACAGAAAGAGGAGCAGCCGACAGCAUCGAAUGCAGUGGACGAAAUGGAGGAUAUUCUCUCGUCGGACCAGAUCGCGUCAUUGAAGUCCUUGCUUUCUGACCUGGAACUUGAGAACCAGGUUCAAGAGCUGCUCGUUCGUAACCGUCGGGCGUUACAGCGAUUGGGACAACUUCAAGUCGAUCGCUUGCGGGAGGGACGGACUGCGGAAUCGUUGUCUGAAGGCGACGAGGAGCUGGAGCUUGGAAAUUCAUCCGAAUCCCAAUCCGAAUCUGAUAUCAUCCCACCACCCAAGACGCUUCAUCGACUGAUGCAAACCCUUCCCCGAAUAGAAUCGCAUGGAUGGCGAGGCACACUUCCCGAUCGAACACCAGGGCCGAUCCCAGCGGCUCUGCACGAUGAUUCCACAGUCAAAGUCCGACCCGGUGUGCCGGCUGUUGCGCCUGCGCCUGCAGCUGUGCCACAAUACAGCGGAUACUAUCCUACGCAGGCUGGGGCGGCACCGUAUCGGUACAACGGCACAGCAUACACCCCGGCGGCGUAUGCGGCGACGCCAAAUGGUGUGCGCACACCCGUCCAGGGCCAGCACUAUUACCCUUCCCAGGCCACGACGGUCCCAUAUGGGUACCCCGCUGGCUCUGGAUGGUACGGCAAUUAUGUCCCGGCUCAGCCGCAGCAGACGGCGUCGUACAGCUCGUUCUUUGGAGGCGCUACGAUGAUGACUGGCACUCCGACGGGCACUCCGGCACCUGCAGGAAAGGCCGUCGCCAAUACGGUGCUUGGCAAAAGUGUGUACGCCAACUAUGGACAAGGGCAAUUCGCGUAUGCCGGAGCUGCUGGAACUCAAGCGACUCCUGUUCUUCCCUCCCAUCUGCGCUCUGCAGUGUACCAGCCAGGGAUGCAGACACCCGGAUGA